UGGCUGCGAUGUGAGAUGAGCGGAUCGGCCGCAUCCGUUGAACGUGAGGCCCUUCCACCGAGAGGACCGUUAACUCGGGCGGUGCCGAGUUAAAAUGGUUGAUAUCCGACCCGAAAUGCAUCCGCAAACCGUUGUAGACAUUGCGAACAUCUCCUUCAAAUUGCACCCACUGUUCGUGGUCACUUCUGCCUGCCGAUCGGAGGUUAAGCUGAGGCCAUGGCAGUGAAGGACCGCGUCGAGGCGGUGCUCAAUGUGGGCCUGCGUGUUCCCAGCAUCGUGCUGCUGGAUGUCCUGUACCGCUGGGACGUCAGCUCCUUCUUCCAGAAGAUCCAGCGGUCCAGCCUGUCCAACAACCCCCUGUUCCAGUACAAAUACCUGGCACUGUACCUGCACUACGUAGGUUACAUCCUGAGCCUGGUCCUCCUGACGCUGCCUCGUCAGCACCUGGUUAAACUCUACCUGUAUGUCCUCACAGCCCUGCUGCUGUUCGCUGGCCACCAAGUCUCAAGGGAUUAUGUCCGCAGUGAACUGGACUCUGGCUAUGAAGGACCUGUCUACCUGGAACCUCUCUCCAUCAACAGAUUCACCACUGCACUCAUUGGUCAGCUGGUGGUGUGUACGCUUUGUUCCUGUGUGAUGCAGACCAAGAGGAUUUGGCUUUUCUCGGCUCACCUGCUCCCUCUGGUGGCCCGACUGUGUCUGGUCCCACUGGAGACCAUUGUUUUCAUCAAUAAGUUCUCCAUGAUCUUCACGGGCCUGGAGGUCAUUUACUUCCUCGCCUCUAACUUGUUGGUACCGUACAACCUGGCCAAGACUGCCUACAAGGAGCUGGCCCAGGUGGUGGAAGUGUACGGGCUGCUUGCUUUGGGUAUGUCUCUCUGGAACCAGCUGGUCCUUCCGGUCCUCUUCAUGUGUUUCUGGCUCCUGCUGUUCGCUUUGCAGAUCUACUCCUACUUCAGCACCAGAGACCAGCCGACCUCAAGGGAGAGGCUCCUUUUCCUCUUCCUCACCAGUAUUGCAGAAUGCUGUAGUACGCCAUACUCUCUUCUGGGUCUCGUUUUCACCGUCUCCUUCGUCGCUCUGGGAGUUCUCACACUCUGCAAGUUCUACCUGCAGGGCUACAGAGCCUUUAUGAAUGACAACACCAUGCACAGGGGGAUGACAGAAGGCAUCACCCUGCUGAUCCUCGCCGUCCAGACUGGCCUCAUCGAGCUCCAAGUCAUUCACCGAGCCUUCCUCCUCUCCAUCAUCCUCUUCAUUGUGGUUGCUUCUAUCCUGCAGUCGAUGUUGGAGAUAGCCGACCCCAUAGUCCUGGCCUUGGGAGCAUCAAGAGACAAGAGUUUGUGGAAACACUUCCGCGCGGUGUCUCUGUGUCUGUUCCUGCUGAUCUUUCCAGCCUACAUGGCCUAUAUGAUCUGUAAGUUCUUCCACAUGGACUUCUGGCUCCUCAUCAUCAUCUCCUCCUCAAUCCUCACAUCACUGCAGGUUCUCGGCACUCUGCUGAUCUACAUUCUCUUCAUGGUGGAGGAGAUUCAAAAGGCUCCAGUGGAGAACAUGGAUGAAGUUAUCUACUGUGUCAACGGGACGUACAGAUUUCUGGAGUUCCUGGUUGCGGUGUGUGUGGUAUGCUACGGCGUGUCAGAGACGGUGUUCGGGGAGUGGAGUGUGAUGGGCAGCACCAUCAUCCUGGUCCACUCGUAUUAUAACGUCUGGCUCAGAGCGCAGCUGGGCUGGCAGAGCUUCCUUCUCCGGAGAGAUGCUGUGAACAAGAUCAAAUGCCUCCCCACGGCCAGCGGCACGCAGCUGGAGCAGUACAACGACAUCUGUGCGAUCUGCUACCAGGACAUGAACAAUGCUGUGAUCACGCCAUGUAGUCAUUUCUUCCACGCUGGCUGUCUGAAGAAAUGGCUUUAUGUCCAGGAGACGUGCCCCCUCUGUCACUCGCAGCUAAAGAGCCAAUCACCAACCACCAUCCCAGAAGCCCCUGCAGCCAAUCAGAGCCCUGCAGGGCAAGAAGCAGCAGAAGCAGAAGCAGAAGCAGUGGAUCAGAAGCCAAAAGAUGACCCACUUCCAGAGGAGGGAGCAGCAGAGCAGGAGGGAGUUAAUGGACCUGCCAUGUCAGCUGGAGAAAUCUCCUCCUCCUCUGGUGUGCCCUCUACUCCCCAGCACCUAGCCAAGACUCCAACCUCAUCAUCAUCUUCCUCUUCGGCUUUUCCACGUGUAAUUGACUCUCGGAAGCAGUCGCUCACAGAUUACCCUUCUUUGUCUUCCACCUCUUCCUCUGCCACAAUGGACAUGCUCCUCCAUCUUCCUCCCUCCUCCUCCUCAUCUUCCUCCUCCUCCUCCUCACAGCCACUGGCACAGGCAGAGAUAACCCCUGCUGAACCUGAGUCCGCCCCUCAACUAAACCGAGGCUUCUUACUCGACAGCAAGGAGUCGCCUCCUGGUCAGUCAUCACACCUUGACCAGCCCACCUCCCCGUCUUCCUCUGAGCAACAGCCUCCUCCUCCUCCUCCUCUUCCUCCUCCUCCUCCUCCAUGCAGCCUCUGAGCCUCAUUGCUACACACAGCAUACGUGCAUGCACAUAUAAACACACACUCUAAUUACUCCAUCUGCUAAUAUUCUGCCUAUAUUCUAUUUAUCCAGCGGUUGGCUAUCCCAUCAUGAACUAUACAAAAAACUCUCCGUUUUGUUUGAGAGCGAAAAAUCCCAAACAAUCUUUCUGCGGAUCAUCAUCACUCGUCGUCACAAGAAACACAGAUGGUUGCCAUUUUUUUUCUGGCAACUGUCUUGGACCAGUUCAUGUAAAUGUGUUGAACUUUCAUGCCAGCAAUGAUUUAAUUUCCCACUCGACACAAAAAGAGGAAAGCAGUAAUCUCAUUGGUCGGUCCACACGUCCGCACAAUGUGAAACCCUGAAUGAAACUGAAGUAUCGCGGUUAGCUUUUGACAUGGAUGUUAGACCUAUGAUGAGCUUUCUAAAAUAUCACGUCCCUCUCAUUUCCCGUGACGCUCCCAUCCCGCCGUAGGUUUGUGCGGCGUCGCUCUCAUUGCUGUACAUCUCCUAGUCUUUGUUUGUUGUCCUUGAGAUUGCGACAGCUGAUGGUCACCAGAUGUCAGAUGUGUUGGUGUUCACAGCUGGACGACGGCGGUCCUGUGUGUCGGUGACUCCACCGAGCAUCAGCAGGGAGCGAAUGUUGUUUCUCGAGGCCGUCACGUGACCUGCAGCCCGGCGCUCGGCCGAGGAGGCGGGGCCCGCUCCGCGUCGCAGUGUGAACAAAUCAAAGGGUUCACAUGGGAGAAGUAAUUCAUUCAAUGUGUCGCGCUUUCUCUCUUAUACUUCAAUAUUUGAUUCAAACUUGUUUGGCUGGUCCCAGCAACAACAACAACAACCAGUUCUACUCCUCAUCACCAAACUUUUGUAAUGACUGUAAAAGAGAUGCUAUUUUUAAGAUCAUUUGUACAUCAUGCUUUAUUGGACAGCGAACGGACUGAAAGUAAGCAGUCAGGUCGGAGGAGGGAGCUCACUUUGCAACGGAGGCCGCAGUUUGUAUUCCAACCUUCGGCGCCGUGACAACCGAGCCGGCGGCUUCGCUUCAUUCAUCCGCUCUCACCUUCCCGAGCUCGGCCGAUUCCCACAUGUAACCGCUCCAUCCCAAGUUUCCCAACGGAGCCAGAGAUCGUUGAGAGGAACCAAUCACCUCGCUCCACCCCGCCCCUUUUUAUAAACCAAUAGCAUCCAAGCACCCUGUGCUUCUCUGAGACCCUCCUCCUCCUCCUCCUCCACCCACUUCCCUCUAUGAAAUGUUACUACCAGCAAAUUGAGUCUCUUGAUGGGAGAGCUUUGAAAGAAUUGUUCACACACGUGCUCGCACACGAUUGAUGUCGACUCCUGUGCUCGUCAAACGGAGCCUGACACAGGUGUGUGUGUGCAUGUCCCUGUGUGUGUGUUUUGAAGAGUUUAUUGAAAGACUAGAACUCGAGAAUGCCGAGUCCUGAUGCACGCGUAUGUCGAGCUUGCACGCUGACACUCUUACCAUAGCAUUAAUUAGUACUUUUUUUUCCUCCAAUGUUUUCUAACCUUGCAACCAAUUUUUUUCCCCCGACAUGUUUCUCUUUUUUGGGGGGGCGAGGGUUGCAUUUGCACUAAUGUCAUUUAUACUAAGCAACGCUCCAAAGCUGUUCUGUGGCUGUGAGCAACCAAAUAUCCACUGAUGUGUUUGUGUAUGAGGAAACAGCUCUGUGUGUGUGUGUGUGUGUGUAAUAUGCUCUUUAUGGCAUCUAUAUUAAACCAGAGGAGUAUUGAUAUAUAUAUAUGAAUCGGAUCAGGGCGGGGCUUCUCCAAAGCGUCCCAGUGGGUGGAGGGUCUGUUUGUUGACACGCCUCCGCCCGAGAGGCGUCUGGAGGAGCCUCCGGUCUGAGACCAGCCCGUGUUGCUGCGUCUCCGUCUGCAUGACGCGUCCUCCAGCUGGCGUGAUCACUCCCUCUGCCGGGAGGAGUGGGAUCAGCGCGGCGCUGACGGACAGGAGGCGGACUAACCCUCUCAAGUGUUACUCACUACCGCUAUUACUAAAGGUCGUAUUACUAUGAAUGACUCAAUUGUGAACAUGUUUGGAAAGCGUUGGCCGCAGGGCAGAGAAUGAAUACAUAAUCAAUGUAGGAUCACACCUGGCCAACGCUGUUUUAACCGCGUUUAUUGUUUGUUUUUUCAAGAUAUGAAAUGUAGAGUUUGAUGUAUUUUGCACAUGUUCCUCUGAAAGGUAAACAUAAGGACUUCUGUAUUCUUGAACGAGUCAUUCUCAUUUUCUUAUCUGCGCCAUUCCUCAGACUUUGAUGUCAAACAAAGCUCUUGAACUGGUUACAAAGAUGUAAGCGACCUCGCGUCCAGCCUCGAGGUUUCCUGACGGAGCGCUCUGUGCUCCGCGAGGGGAUCUGCCAUUGGGAACGAUUAAUCGGUCAAUGUGGCAGAGAAGCCGAUCGGCUGUGGAUUCCAGAUGUUGUCGUCACUGUCCAGGCUUUUACCUGUGACGUAUAUAUUUUUAAUAUUGUCGAGGGUAGUUUAACAUACAAGUUACAUAUUUUCAAACUAAGAAUUUCAAUCUUUAAAUGCAUUAUUUGCAUUCCGAUGUAUCUCUGAGAUUUCAGCUGUGCAGACUGACGUCAUGUUUGACUUCACUGCCGCUUCAAUUGGCUCCAUUUCAGUUGGCACAUAAUAUUUCAUUUUUUUCUCUUGAUUGACUAACUGGUAAAGUACCCCCAUUUUAAAAACAAGCCAAUUCCAUCUAAAUGUACCAAUAUUUCUACUGAAGCAGUUCAUGUAUAUUAAUAACAAAAUGGCCUACAGAGGUGAGUAAGAAUACCGGCAGCCAAUAUGAUGGAAGUCAAUCUCUCAUCUGAAAUCCAGAUGUUUCUUGGACUCAAUUUAUCACAAUACUUUACAUAAUCAUGAAUGCAUAACACUGCAAAUGUAAGCAUGCGUUGACAUGGAAUCGAGGACCUCAUAUUCCUGUUCUGAAUGCAUCUGUUGAGCCUUUUAGACGACAGCAGCACUGCUGUCCAAGAGAUUGUCUGACUAACGUGUAAGUCGGUCGUGUCGAGGCUCAGACUUUUUUCAGUUUGCGUUUCUUCUUUUGCCUGAAACGUUUUUCCAGCUCACUUUAGGACGAGCUCUGUUAGAAUCUGAAUGCCACUUGUUUUCUGUUAAACGCUCCACGGAUGGUUGUUAUUCCCGGCAUUGCCUGGGUUAUUUUACAAAAAUGUAUUGACAGAAAUAAAGUGAACCAUCCACUCUGAAA